GUAUUACUCAUUCGGUUGUGAAUAUCUUCCGCAGUACAUCACUUCAACCUUGGGCGAUCUUUUCUUCUUGACCCCACCAAUGACUCUAACCAUAUCAUUCUUCAGUCACCCCAGUCUUUUUUAGUCUUCAAUCUUCAUCUCACAAAUAUAAAGAUUAACAUCCAAAUUUUAGCCUUUCAGAUUUUCUGGGUGAAUUUCCGCCAAAAAACCAACAAAAUUCUCUGAAAAUUUCAAUGGCUUCAAAUUCUGAUGAUUUGGACCAACUCUUAGACAGUGCUUUGGAUGAUUUUCAGAACCUUAAUGUCACCUCUUCUCAAAGAAAGGAAGAAAAAGAGGCAAAACAAGAGAAAUUAGCUUUGCCCACAAAUAUUCAAGGCUUAGGGUUAGGGUUACCUGAUUUGAAGUCUAAAAAAAGGGGGAAACAAAAAGUGCCCAAUUCAAAUCCUAAAGAUGCUCAUGUUUCUGAGACUCUUGAUAAGCUUAAGCAGCAGACUAGAGAGGCAGUUAAGAAUAUGGAGUCCAUAUCCGGCCCGAAAGCGGGUGAAGAUUUGGGGAAGGAUGCAAUGAUGGAGGAGUGGGUUAAGCAGUUUGAGGAGCUUGCUGGUUCUCAGGAUAUGGAGUCGAUCGUGGAGACAAUGAUGCAGCAGCUCUUGUCGAAAGAGAUCCUCUAUGAGCCCAUGAAAGAAAUUGGAGAAAGAUAUCCAAAAUGGUUAGAGGAUCAUAAAUCUAGUUUGAGUGAAGAAGAUUAUAAACGCUACUCUCACCAGUAUGAGCUUAUACAUGAGCUGAAUGGAGUUUAUGAUAGUGACCCUGGUAACUUUACCAAAAUUGUAGAGCUCAUGCAGAAAAUGCAAGAAUGCGGCCAUCCACCAAAUGAUAUUGUGAAAGAGCUUGCUCCUGACUUCGACUUAGCAAGUCUUGGCCAACUAUCACCAGAAAUGCUGGAGGCUCAACAGAACUGUUGUAUAAUGUGAAUGAGAGAUACUGAAAUGGGAUGUACAAUAGCUUUUUGUUUUGCAUUGCAAAUUUUGUAUUGCAAAUGUUUGCAAUUACUCUUUCAAAUGUUUAUGCUUUAAGCCUUUAAUUAUUACAUUCUUAACACUAGAUACCCAUUAUUUGUUAGAGAAAUCUCAUUUUCUUAAUAAGUUUCUUCUUAUA